GCGUUGCGCACCGGGGUUUCUACCAAGUUACUGAGGGUCUCCAAACACUGCGAGUUUACCAACAUGGAAGGAACAAACAACACGACAGCCUCCUGGUCUCAGUUUGAUAGCCUUUCCAACAAAACCUCAAAAGCUGAAGAUGAGGAGGUGAAGCUGAGUUAUCAAAUAGUCACAUCCUUCCUCCUUGCCACACUCAUCCUGUGUGCCAUAUUUGGGAACGCGUGUGUUGUUGCGGCUAUUGCUUUGGAGAGGUCUCUCCAGAAUGUGGCCAACUACCUAAUCGGCUCUCUAGCUGUCACCGAUCUGAUGGUGUCGGUGUUGGUGCUGCCCAUGGCAGCGCUUUACCAAGUCUUAAACCGCUGGACCCUCGGACAGGUUCCCUGCGACAUCUUCAUCUCUCUCGACGUGUUGUGCUGUACAUCAUCAAUAUUGCACCUGUGCGCCAUCGCUCUGGACAGAUACUGGGCAAUAACCGAGCCAAUAGACUACAUGAAGAAAAGGACCCCGAGAAGAGCUGCGGUUCUCAUCAGUGUCACUUGGCUUGUCGGCUUCUCCAUCUCAGUUCCGCCCAUGCUGAUCAUGCGCUCCCAGCCCAGCAGUAUGGCAGAGGACAGGGCAAACCCCAAGCAAUGCAAGAUAAGGCAAGACCCCUGGUACACAAUUUACUCCACAUUCGGGGCUUUUUACAUCCCGCUGAUUUUGAUGUUGGUUUUGUACGGACGGAUAUUCAAAGCUGCCAGGUUUCGGAUCAGGAGAACCGUGCGUAAAACGGAGAAAAAGAAAGUGUCCGACUCUUGUCUGGCACUGUCACCAGCCCUGUUUCACAAAAAGACCAGUGGAGACGUGGGUAAAAGUUGGAAAAGGAGUGUGGAGCCCAAGCCGCUGCCGAGCGUAAAUGGGGCGAUUAAACACGCAGAGGACGGCGAGUCUCUGGAAAUUAUCGAAGUUCACAGUAACUCGAAAAACAACCUGCCGCUGCCUAACACGCCAAACACCGUGCCCCUCUUCGAGAGCAGACACGAGAAGGCAACCGAGGCGAAGAGGAAGAUAGCCCUGGCACGGGAGCGCAAAACGGUAAAGACACUGGGCAUCAUUAUGGGCACCUUCAUAUUCUGCUGGCUGCCUUUCUUUAUCGUCGCUCUGGUCAUGCCCUUUUGCCAGGAGUCCUGCUACAUGCCUCGCUGGCUGGAGGAUGUCAUAAACUGGCUGGGCUACUCCAACUCCUUACUCAAUCCCAUCAUUUACGCAUACUUCAACAAAGACUUCCAAAGCGCUUUCAAAAAAAUAAUCAAGUGUCAUUUCUGCAGACCGUGAGCCCACAAACGAUCUAACCUUUGCGGUGUGGUGAGGAAUUCCAUCUUAGACUCUCAUCUUUGCCCAGUUCCCUCCAAGGGGAUUAUUGAAUCUUAAUCUAAUGAUAUGCAUUUCAAGGUGAAGAAAGGCAUAAAUGCCAGGACAGUCCUAAAUCAGUGUAAAAGUGGCAAAAAUAGAUUGUUCUGAAUUAAGAAUGAUGUUUAAUUGUAAGGAGGGCUAUCAUAAUUAUUAUUGCUGAUCAUCACCAUCUUUAUCGGUGUUAAAAUAUUCCCUGAAAUGUCUGUAUGCAUAGAUGAAGCUAUGACCCUUGGAUUGAAGAUCCA